AGGUUUCUUUGUUUUUGUUUGUUUACAAUUUUGGGAUAUUUUUGGAAGAUAAGUUCUUUUUUCACAUUGACUUGCUGUUUUUAAUUCAGUUCUGCUUAGUAUCGUCAGUUCAGUUUCACUCAAAGGAGUGUAUGUGUUUCUGAAAAACAGUGCCUGCUAAUUUCUGAAAGGGUGUGCCUGAGUUCUUCUACAAAAAUGAAGAAGAUGAUAGCUCUAGGGUUUGAGGGUUCAGCCAACAAGAUUGGUGUUGGGGUUGUCACCUUAGAUGGCACAAUUUUGUCAAACCCACGCCACACAUACAUUACCCCUCCCGGCCAAGGGUUCCUUCCCCGCGAAACUGCACAACACCAUCUCCAACACAUUCUCCCGCUGAUUAAAUCUGCUCUGGACACUGCCCAAAUAACGCCCGAGGAAAUUGAUUGCCUUUGUUACACCAAGGGUCCUGGCAUGGGAGCACCAUUACAAGUUGCUGCCAUUGUUGUUAGGGUUCUUUCACAGCUUUGGAAGAAGCCCAUUAUUGCAGUUAAUCAUUGCGUUGCACAUAUUGAGAUGGGAAGGAUUGUGACAGGUGCAGAUGAUCCUGUUGUGUUGUAUGUCAGUGGUGGGAACACACAGGUAAUUGCAUAUAGUGAAGGGAGGUAUCGAAUCUUUGGGGAGACCAUUGAUAUCGCUGUUGGAAAUUGCUUGGAUCGGUUCGCCAGGGUAUUAACACUCUCCAAUGAUCCAAGCCCUGGAUAUAACAUUGAGCAGGUAUUUGAAUGUGGUAUGUUUUGUUCCAUUGAAUCAGUAGAGGUUGAAAUUGGCAUUCAUGCUUUCUUUUCUUUUUCUAUGGAAUCCUUUUAAGUUAUCUUAUCAAGAUUUCCUUUCUUUUUCCAAGAAAUCUGAGAACUAGCUGUUCUUACUUGUUACUAUGUUGGGGUUUAACUUGGGCUGGACUUAAUUUGAUUUCUUAAUCAUAAAGACGCAACAAUCUAGCAACAAGAGAGAUUUAACAUGCAAGGUCUGAAAAAGGAUAAUUCUAAUAUUUGACCUUAUAUGAUUCAUCAUUUUCUUCUACUACAGUAGUUCAGUUAAAUCUUAUUGUGACCCCAAAAAGAAAACGAAACUGGAAAAGUGUAUAAUAUGGGAGCUAGUGGCAUUUAUUUAGGCAGAAGGUGAAAUGGCUUCCCUCUUCCUUUUUGCGUAAGUGGCCUCUAGUUUUAGCGAAGAGGUUGAGUUGCCAUAUUUUGUAUGAUCUAUUUCACAUGGUACCUGUUCAUAGGUUUUAUUAAAAUUGAAGGAAUCUGAUUUGGAGUUUUCUUCCCGCUUGCAUUGUGAGAAUGUUGGUUGUUAAUUUCUGUACUUAUUUUAAAAAACAUUUUUAAAUUUAAAAUGCUGCCGAUAUGAUUUCUAUAUAUUCUAUUGUGGGUGGCCUA